GGAUAUUGGGCAGAGAGACAGGUCACGAUAGCCUCUCCCCGAAAGAGCAAUGCCAGCUCCAAUAAAUGGCGGUCACGGUCGACCAAAUCCGCCAGUGAGACGGAUGCACUGCAUUAUGGGCUGUAUGCCCCCCGAGUGACGUCCGUGCCUGGGCCUAAAUCGAGAUAUGGGCCUCCAAAACACGAUCUGCCAGCCGUCCAUCAAGUUUGGACCCCAUAUCUAUCCGAAUCUGAUCAUGUAUUCUCGUUGCAACAUCCUUCUGCGCCAUCUGUCUCACCUAUUGCUGUUGCAAUGGCCUCUUCAAAGUCACAGCAGUCAAGUGAAAGCAUAAUAGUCUCGCCCGGUUCAAAAAAUCACCGCCUAUUUGACGCCCCCAAAAACACCUCACCUGAGAGCGUUACUCAACCAGCCAUGAAAACUAGCUUACCAACCCCCCUGGUCUCUCCAAGGGUCUUGUAUCUAAAGGCCAAAAAGGAAAUCGAAUCCAAGCUCAAGCAAAAACAGCAUGAAGAUUCGUAUAUCCAUUACCAAACAGACGCCGGCCAUCAAACAGACGCUGGCUUGGGAUCUAAGCGUUCCUGCAAUGAUUUAGCCCCUGGUGAGGAUUGCCGUACGCAAAUGACAGUUGAAGGUGCCAGAAAAUUCCUUGCUUCUCAAAGCAUCAGCAAGACAGGAACGUGGUUCAAAGACGAGUUUCAUACUUCCAAGAUAGGCCGGAAGCUUUUUGGAAGAGCACCAUGGCAUCGGAAGGAGUCUGGGGACUCGUUUGCCAGCGUAUCCAGCUCCAUCAGGGCAGUUCUUAAGGGCAAGACACCUCCUGCGAGUCCUGCAACUCUCGGGUUGAGCUACACGAGUACGCGAGUGCAUUUUCUGUCAAACGUGAGUGAAGCCGUUCGAGUCAGCACACCUCCCUUGGACGAAGACACGGCCGACGGCAGACCGCGGGCGUUUUUCACGUCAUUGACACCUCCCAUGCCGGACGGCGAGAUCAGCUCUAAGGCUGCUUCGCCAUCUAAUCGCUCUGCGAAACGCUAUAGUGUUCAUGGUAGAAGCAUGGCAUCGCAGCCUCGCGAGUGGUGGGAGCAGACACCUCAACGGGGAAGCCGCCGCGAUAUUUCAGGUACUAUCGGCACCUCGGCCAGCAAAUUUGAAUUCGACGUCUCCGAGCAUCUACCGUCAAGCCCAAUGUGCCCAGCCAACAAGCGCCACAAGAGCGGCGGCACGGGUGUGUGUGUGUAUCACGGACGGAGGAAGACCCGGUCUGUUCUGAGAGAGGAAAUGAGAAGAGUAGAAGAACCAGAAUACUCAUCGGUGGACAUUGGUUAA